AUGGCGGUAAAUUCGGCUGCUCGAUUAUGGGGACCAUUCAGAUCAUUAUAUGAAACAGUUGAUGCUGCAGUGUUUCAGAAACAACCUAAUUCUGCCUAUGAUUUAGAAGUAGCUCUCAAAAGACAUAAACCAGAUUUCAUUUCCCUUCUGAAAAAGCCAGCUAAGAAUAAUGGAGAUAGAGAAGCUGUUAAAAAGUCUGCAACAGAAGGACUGGUGGUUCAAGGUGAACAGAGAACUCAGACAUUCUCUCAACAGUUUAUAUCAGAAGCUCUGAUACUCAGUGAUCUAUUUGAAAUGAAUGAAUUGGCAGCUGUAGAACUUUUAAUGGCAGGAGAGAAUCAACUACCGAAUUACCCUGGAUUAACUCGAGGUUUAGUAGCUGUAUUAUUAUAUUAUGAUGGUAGAAGAAGCUUAGUUAAUUCAUUAAGAGCAUUGAUUCAAGCUAGAGAAGGGAGAACAUGGUCACUAGGUGUAGCACCAGAUAUUGUCAAUUAUAUUACAAAAUAUACUGAUGAAUUGUUAAAAGAUGGCAUUGUCAACAAAAUAUUGGAUGUUAUCAAGCCAAUGGAUUUAACUAUUGAAUUAGAUAAAUUACAAAGAGAAAGAGCAUUGGGAACACCGAAACAUAGAAAACAGGUUACAGAUAUAUUCAAUGAAAUCAAAUUAAAUCUAGCAGAAUGCAUUUUUUGUUUGGCCUGUCAACAACCAUUGAACAAGUCUGAUACUUUGCGUCUGCUUGCUCAUUUAAAGGGGGACAACUCUAAUUCUGCUGAUUCUUCACUUGAUCCAGUCACUCUGUGUCUGUUGAUGGCUCUUUACUAUUGUUUUGAUGUCAGCAUAUUGGAAAAAGAAGAUUCAGAUGAUAUAGUGGGGAGAUUUCCAUUUAUAAAUGAUAAUAGGUAUUUGACUGAUAUACAUAAAGAAAUAACAUCAAUACAACAGUGGGAUAAUAAUGGUAUGAGGGCAUCUCUACAGUUCUCCUGGGCCAAUAUGUUACGUCAACUUUCACAAUAUCCUCUACCACAAGGUUCGACAGAAAUAUUUGAAGCAGAUGAACAACUGAUGGAUUUGGCUAUAGAUGGUCAAGUAUUCUUAUUUCUGAAAAACUCAGUAUUAUCUGUUAAAGAAUUUUUCCAAGAGGAGUUUUAUGUUAGAAGAAUCCAUGGUUUGAUAACAGAUUUUAUUUAUCACAUGCCAUUAAAGGUAAAAGAAUUAAGAAAUAGAGGAGAUGAGACAGCUAGAAUUAUCAUGGCUCACCAAAAUGAAGGUUUACAAUCACCCGAUCAGAGAAAAGACUUUGAAGAACUUUUAUCUUUGAUGGUAGAACUGUACAGUACAGAUGAUUUAAAUCUCGAGUUAUCAUUAGAUUUCUGGUGUCCAGCUGAACCUACUGGUUUACAAGAAUCAAUGUAUCACUAUAGACCACCCCCUCGACAGGUGGCUUUAUAUAAGUUUGUUAGACUAGCAGGAGACCUAUUACCAGCACCACUCUAUGUACCAUAUAUUAGAAUGAUAACAGGUCUAGCCAAUAGUCCACAAUGUGCUCAACACUGUUUCAAUUUACUCAAAAUAAAUGGUAUGAAUGCAGGAGGAUCAGCUAGUAUGGUAUCAUGGGAUCAUAUCUUUAUGUCAUUAAACCAAUAUUAUACUAGUUUACGUCGAGAACAACCUAAUAGUAUAGAAGCUGCUCAUUCUUACAGAACACAUCAUACUAGAGGUAUCUCUAUACAAGAACUAGAAGGCAUUAUAGCUGUAUUGAAAUUAGCUCAGUGUAUUAUAAAACAGAAUGAAAAUUGUCGAAGUGCUAUAUGGGAGAAUCAACAAUGGAGUGCUAAUAUAUUACUAUUUGGUUUAAUUGGUUGUAGUAUACCAUCACUAUUAAAAGCUGAGAUACUGAAAACCUUAUCAUAUUUAGCAUUAACACCAUCUAUAGCUUCUAAUAUCUGGCAAACAUUGGAGAUAUCACAAAUUUUGCCAACCAUACAAUCAGCCAAUGAACAGACAAGUGGAAUUUUGGUUGAAUUAGAAGAAAUUGAAAGUAGAAGUGAAGAAUAUCCUAUGACAAGAGCCUUUCUACAGUUAUUAAAUAACUUAACUAAUAUACCUAUACCUGCUGCAUUAGGUGCUGGUUACAGAUCACCUGGUUUUGAUCCAUAUCUAGAAUUUAUCAUCAAUAAUGUCUUCUUGAAAUUCUAUACUAGAGCUUAUAAAAACAGCCAGGAGAAGUGGCAGAUAGCUGUUUGCUGUCUAGAGAUAAUGUGUAAACUAUUACAUGAACAUGAAGUUAAAGAAACAGAUUUUAUAGAAACAGUAGUUGAAAGACAAGGUGGUGGUACGGUAUCUACUAAUAAACCACCUGGUCAUUUACUCUUAUUAUAUAUGUUGAAUGAUUCCGGUUUACUGAAAAUGAUUUUACGACUGUUAGAUGAUGGGAUAAUGCAGUUUGAAACCUAUACAAAUUUUCCAGGUAAAGAAGAUCUAGAGAAGGCAUGUUUAUUAUGUUUAAGAAUGAUAGAAAUUAGUCUAGAUAAAGAAGAGAAGUUUGAAAGAAUGAUCCGAGAUUCAGGAACGUCUGUAAUGAUAGCCACCAUGGAUAAACUCUUAUUAUCUAUUAAUCCUAGAUCACGUAAAGCUGAUCAUCUGGUUAACAUUGCCAAAUUUGUUAUAUUCAACACUCUUUUACCAGAACAUGCAUUUUCUACAGCUAGAAUAUUAUAUUUAGUAUGUAGAUCAGCUCCAAUACAAACAGAAUUAGUACAUCUAUAUACCUUAGAUGAGAAUGUAAAUCGUGAUCUAAUGCAAGGAUUUGUAGAAUGUUUAGAAAUAGAUGAUGCUGAGCCUAGAAUAGAUAAAACUGAUUUACAAGCAGAAGAAGAUUUUACGACAGCUCAGAUAAAGAAUGCUACAAGACAACAUAUUAUACAGUUAAUGUUAUAUGCUAUGGAACAAUCAGCCCCUAACCUAGCUCACUGGUUAUUAGGUUUUGAGUUACGUAAACCUGUUGUAAAAACUAACCUACAAGACCCAGGUGUAUUAGGAUCACCUAAGACAUGUCUACAUUCUAUAUUAACAUUAUUAAAUAAUGGAGUAGGUAGUCGGACAGGACCAACAUGUUUACAGCACACACCAAGACUAGCUGAAUUAGCUUAUCAUCUUAUCUAUGUAUUGUGUGCUAAUAAAGAUACCACAGCACCAACAUUACGUUAUCUGAGAACAGCUCACGAUUUCUUAUACAGACAGUUACAACAUCUACCUUUUAAAUCUACUGAUACUGUGAAAGAGAUUCGGGAACAGGUUUGCACCUGUACAACCCAUCUCCAGACAUGGACGUUUCCCUGUGUCAAUGAUGCAGAUACUGUAGGCCCUCAGUCCUGGUUGUUGAAGACUAUAGCUAUAGAGUUGAGAUUAACCAGUCUAAAUAGACAACGUUCUCAUACACAGAGAUUGUUAUAUUUAUUAUUAGAUGAUACAGAAGAUCAUGCCGGUUAUCAAAAUGGUGGAGUAGAGGAUGUUAUAGAUGUAUCAGGAUGGGAUAGAGAAACGUCCAUGUUUGUUAGUGGUACAGCUUCACAGAAUAAAACAAUCGCUCGGUCAGGAAAGAGAACAAGAAGAAAGUUACUGUGUCUGCUAGAUUCUGUGACAUUUAGUCAAGAUUAUCCAGAGCAGUUACAGCUAGAUUUCUUUGAUCCUAAGUUAAUAGAACAAGUGAUUUCUAACUGUGAGAGUAAGACAGAGAAUGAUGUUAUUCAUUGUGAUGUUAGAGCCUUACAUAGAAUAUUAAUCAGUGAACUCAAUAAUCAACAAGGGUCUUUAAUGGCCGGACAGAGACCUUUAAUCAUGGGGGAAAUUAAGCAGAUAUUAGCGACAGUAGUGAUACGUAAUAAAGUUCGAGGUAACCUAUAUACUAAAAGACAAUCGUUUGAAUCCUGGAGACAGGUAGCUGAAGUUUUAUUAAGUGCCUGUCCAGAAGAUGUACUUAAUGGUGAAACCAGAGAAAUAGUCAUCUUUGAACUACUACAAGAUCUUCUCCUCAAGGUUGCAAAGGAAGAUUCUUUACCAGAGUUAACUGCCCCUGUUGCUGGUGUGGUUUUAACACUGAUGGCCAAUCUACUCCAGUGUUUCAUAUCAGAUGUUAGCCAAUCAGAGAAGAGUUUACAAACAGCCAGUGCUCAACAAGCUGGUGAUGGAUUGAGUGCUGGUAUAUCUAGAUCAACCUGGAGUCAAUCUGCUGGUUCUAGAACAUUGUUUGCUACAUCACUCCAACUGGUUCUGAAAGGCUUACUAGAUUACAUUCUCAAAACUAGUGCUGGAUCACAGAGAGUAAGAGCUAAUCUGUAUGGGUCACUGUUAUAUUAUUUACAAAUAGCUCAAAAACCUCAAUCAGUACACAAUAAAGAAGAUAGAAGUACAGUGAGUCGUGUGUUAGGAACAUCUGAUACUGAAUAUGAACAGCUAGCUAAAGAAAAUAUCACCACUAUAAUGGGAUAUGGUGAUAAUUUUAUGGAUGUUGUUUGUAAAGAUGCUUGUGAUGGACAUGAUAUAGGACGGAUGCUAGCUCUAUCUGUACUAGAUAUGAUUGUAUCAAUGGAUGUCUAUCAACAGUGGAUGACUUAUUUAAGUGGCAAGGGAUAUUUACAACACUUGGUGGACAGUUUACUACAAGAUGACCUUGAGCUUCAGAAAUUAUUACGCCCUAAUCCAGAACAAAUUCGAGCUAUGUACAUAUACCAGUCAAAAAUGAGUUUAUUAACCAGAUUUGGUGAAACUACAGCUGGUGCUCAUCUAUUAAUAAGAUGUGGUAUGAUGCAGAAACUAUCAGCUUGUCAAUUCUUUGAUUUACGACCAGAUACUGAUAGAUCAGCAAGUUUACAAGAAAGAUGUGAUGAUGAGUUUAUACCAAGUCCAUUAGCUAGAUAUCGUAUAUUAUUAUCAUCAGCAUUAAAACUAGGUCUAGCUAUAUUAACAUCAGUUGGUGUAGAAAGUAAAGAUAUAGCAGCACAAGUCAUGUUGUUUGUUGUAACUCACAAUGAAGUGUUUACUACCAUACUAAAAGAUAGAGGUCCUAGUCUCUCAUUACCAGCUUUAAAAGAAUUAGCUCUCACUACAGCUUUAAUAGCUAGAGCCAACUAUCAUACUGAUCUGGGUUCAGAAUAUCUAGAUAAUGAAACAGCUAUAAUAGAGUUUAAAGGUCAUCGAGCUAGAAUACAGCGUCAGAUGAUAGCUCUCUUACCACGUUACUGUUUCUCAGAGAGAUAUAAUAAACAGUUAAAAUCACUAGAUGAAUCAGAGAGACUAGAGAGUACUAGUGGUGAUAUACAGUCAGAUAUUAAACUAGCUAUACAAGAAAUAUCAUCUAAUCUUCUAGCUUACUGUCGAUCUUUACUUACUGAAUCAGCACCAACAAGUCAGUUUAGUAGAAUAAUAUUUGGACCAAGUUUAGAAGAAGCUAGUGCUAGAGACUUAAAUACAUUAGAUGAUUAUUCAAUAUGUAGUCUAUCAAGUAGUACACAAGUACCUAAUCUGGGUGUAGUAAUCUACCAGUUAAGACAUUGUACUAAUAACUUUAUGGCUGUAUUUGAUAGUCAUAGACAACAUGUACAGAAAUUAUCCACUUUAACAGAGCUUACAACAGAAGAUUUAAAAGAGUUUUCCAAUGUUAUCUCCAAUGAAAAGAUGUCUUCACAACAGAAACAAAUUUUGGCCAAGAAAAGAUUACAACAGAUAGUGAAAUCUAAAUCACAAGAAUUACAGCAUUUAGCCUGUAUCCUUUUACCUGUAUUAUAG